AUGGAAGACCUUCCGAAGACCUUUGAAGAUGCCAUUGAAGUUUGUAUGCAGUUGAAAAUUAGGUAUAUUUGGAUUGACUCACUCUGCAUUAUACAGGACGAUAAAGAAGACUGGGCGAGAGAGUCUGUCACUAUGAUUGAUGUCUACGGUAGCGGUGUGCUGAACAUUGCUGCAUCUAGCUCCAUCGAUGGUAGCCAAGGAUGUUUCUUUGAUAGGCAAGAUCUCCUAAAGUGUCGUAUCUCUCUCAAGAUCAAUAGAAAUAAUGACGCUAUGUAUGAUUGCAUACCAAAUACGAAACAUCCUCUAGACGAUCCCAUCGUUUGUCCGUUGGAAAGUCGAGGCUGGACAUUACAAGAGCGCCUUCUCUCGCCACGCACUGUGCAUUUCACAUGGAAAGAGGUGUUUUGGGAGUGCCAUACGAACUUUGUUUCAGAGAGCUCAGCUUUCUACUCUGAUCGAACUGAGCGUCAGAAAAAGGAACAGCUUUCAAUCGAUAUCUGGGACAAAAUCGUUACAAAUUACUCAGGCCGUCAUCUGACCUACGAAGAGGAUAGACUUAUAAGACUGGCCGGAAUUGCGGCGAAAAUGCAGCAACAGAAAAAAGAUGAAUACUUUGCAGGAAUGUGGAGUAACGACUUAAUAAGGAGACUAUGUUGGAAUGUCACUGAUCAACACGUAAGGCAAAGAAUUUCACCUCGACGUGCUCCAACGUGGUCCUGGGCAUCAGUCGCAUCGCAAGUACAAAGCUUAGACAGCGAUUCAGUCUGCGAUACUCCGUUAUCUAGAAUUUUGAAAGUCGAGAAACCAGCGACUGAAAAUCAAUUCGGCGACAUGCCGAACUUAAAAUUGUGGUUAUCAUGUCCUCCACUUCUAAUCGCCGAAUUUAUCCCGCCCAAUACUUUGUUUUUGGGCGGAAGUUUUAUGAUAUAUUAUUGGUAUAAGAUAGACUGUGUAGAAGGUACUGGGCGAGUGAAAGUUAACAGCAAAACGUACAACGUUUACAUAUUAUUGCCGCUUUCUGUCCACCAGGGAAUAAUUUUGAAACGUAUCGAAGGAGACCAAGGUGUUUAUAAAAGAAUUGGAAUGGCGUUGACUCUUCCUGUGUCAGCCAUGGAUGAGAAAAAUAACGCAGACGAGACUGCGUAUGUUCCGCGGGAGAAACACAAUUUUGACACUGAUGAACAUGUCAUAUGUUUGGUUUAG